CUUCUCUCUUUUUUUUUUUCCCUUUUUCUCAUCUCAACGAACGCCAUUGACAUCUACUUUCCCUUCAUCUUUAAUUCAGAUUCCUCUUUAGACUCCCUACUUGUGCUCAUUGUGUACUCCACAAUAUUAGGACUCGAACAGCUGAUCUUCAACAAUAUACCCAUAUUACCCCCAUGCCAGUUCCGUUUCUGGCAAGGCACCGCUGCCAACAACAGCAGCAGCAGAGCCAAAAAAGGUUCCACUUGGUGCAAGUCUCUAUAUUUGCGCUUCUACUUGUCUUAGCUGUCGCUCCUCGGUGUACUGCAGCAUCUGACGAAGCACACUCUGCUUACAUAUACCGCCACCCAGGACAGACUAUCAAGCUCUAUCAACGUCAAGUUAUUCCUCCUGUUAUCGGAACUAAUUCACCAAGUUCUAGUGAUCCUCCUACAACCUCGUCGACUACGGUAGAUGUGCCGUCCCCAACUACGCCUCUUACUCCCUCUACACCCACUUCAGCUAGUACUACCACUUCGAGCGUGCCUGUUCGACCUAAUACGUCCUUGCAUAACUCGAAUUCUCGUACUGCUACUCAGACCUUGACAUCAAGCACAGGAGUCAACACAGCACCAACUUCGUCCCCUUCUAAAACUGCUGAAGCAGCUAGUAAUCACCUUGUUGUCGCAGGAGCAGCUGUAGGAGGACUAGUGUUUGCUAUUGGUGUAGGUAUUAUUGCUUUUCGAUGCACCAUGAAUCGGCGAGAGAGACAACGUCGGAAUAAAGAGAUGGCUGCAACCUUGGCAGAGAACUUUGACCGAGGUGGCGAUCCUAUUGGCACACCAAGAAAAGGAUACUUGGAACUCAGUGAUGGUCCAUCUACGCCGGUACCUGGAAGAGCAGGCGCUAAUCUGUCAAGACAAGGAUCUCAGGAUGCUUAUUAUGCACACAAGGAAAGCGGUGGGGGACAGCAAGACUACUAUAACCCUCACUACGUUCAGGAGCGGUAUGGAACUGCACCGACUGGCAACUAUGGCAUGUAUGAAGAGACUGAGUUAUCAGUGAUGGGAAAUAGUCACUCAAUGGCGUACCCAUCUACCAGUGCACCGAGCAACCAUUAUGGAGGCUAUAAUGACUAUGGCAGUCACCAUGAUGCUGGUGGAUAUUAUGGUGGAGCUGGGUCACAGCCUCCUCGAGGUCCUCAGGCCUAUUGAACCCUUGAUAAAAAAUAAAAAAAGCAUAUGAACGAUGUAAAGACAGGAUCCUUUAUUAUUUUUAAUUUUACUUUUUCAAUGUACCAUAGAAAGCCC